GGAGCACUGGCCAUGGAAGUGUAGAGUCACUUAACAACAGAGAGGAGAGAGAGAACACCAAGAGAAAAGUGAAAAUUAAAUAAUCUCUCUCUCUCUCUCUCUCCUCUGUGUAGUUUGCGGGCAGAGGCAGCUUCUUCUACUCACAUUCUCUGUUCUUAAGGUUCCCUUCAGAGGAAACCGGGACCUUUCCCUUGCAGGCUCAUUGUCAGUCCUGCUUCAUGAAAUUUUCUACAAAAUGGGUGAAGAAUCCUUGCCAGCAUUCCCAUUUGACAGAACAGUUGAACAGGCAAUUGUGGCCUUAAAGAAAGGUGGGCAUCUUUUGAAGUGCAGACGGAGGGGGAAGCCGAAAUUCUGCCCUUUCAAGCUAUCCACGGAUGAGAAAUUUUUGAUUUGGUAUUCUGGACUGAAGGAAAAACAGUUGAGAUUGAGCUCAGUUAUAAAGAUUAUUCCUGGACAAAGAACUGUAAAUUUCCAGAGACAACUUCGACCAGAAAUGGAAUCUCAAUCCUUUUCACUUAUCUAUGCCAAUGGUGAACGCUCUCUUGAUCUGAUAUGCAAGGACAAGGCGCAGGCUGAUUCUUGGUUUGUAGGCUUGAAAGCUGCAAUAUCUAGGUGUCGCUGUCAUAGACCUUCAGCAACAUUGCAGAAUAACAGGGGUGCUCAAACUUGUUUCAAUAGUCCAGUUGGCUAUAUUCGAAGAAAGCAUAAUCUAGGACUUCUAGAAGAUACGGACAAAUAUUCUCAGGUGCACAGCUUAUGCGGGAGUCCUACUCAAUCUCUUUCAGAAAGGUGUUUUUCUGAUGGCUUAUCGCACUCUUCAGAUAGCUUUUAUUCGUCAGGAUCAAGUCUGUCAAAUAUGAAAAAUAUAAUGGAUGCCUUAAUUCCAAAUUCUCCAUAUAUUGAAUCAGAUGAUCUCAAGAUGUGGGAAUCAAUUUACACUACCCACGAUUUUCGAACGAAGAUGUCCUGUCAAUUUGUCACACCUACUUAUGGAUCUCCACAAAUAGAGAAGAAUGAUAUUCUAAGGGAUAUAAUGAUUUGGGGAGAAGGAAUGGGGGGAGGAUAUUUAGUUGGUGGGGUUAAAAGGAUUAGUAGCCACAAUACAGUUCAAGUUGAUGCUUUAUUACCCAAAUUACUGGAGUCCACGGUGAUGUUAGAUGUUCAGAAGAUAUCUUUUGGAGGGAAACAUGCUGCCUUAGUAACCAAACGGGGUGAAGUAUUUUGCUGGGGUGAGGGGAGUAGGGGAAGGCUCGGUCAUAAGAUCAAUAUAGAUGUGAACUACCCAAAAGUUGUUGAAUCCCUUAGUGGGGUCCAUGUAAAAUCUGUCAUCUGUGGUGAAUAUCAAACAUGGGCUCUGACUCAUUCUGGUGAACUUUAUAGAUGGGGUGAUGAUGGUGCUGAUUUUUGUGGUAAGGAAAGAAAUAGUUUCCAGGGGUUGCCACAUAAACUUUCUGGUCCCUUGGACGGUAUUAGUAUAUCUAACGUUGCAUGUGGAGAAUGGCACACAGCAAUUGUUUCCACAUCUGGGCAAUUAUUUACUUAUGGAGAUGGAACUUUUGGUGUUCUUGGGCAUGGAAAUCUGCAAAGCUUAACCCAACCAAAAGAAGUUGAAUCUCUGAAGGGUUUAUGGGUAAAAUCUGUUGCAUGUGGACCAUGGCACACAGCUGCAAUUGUGGAAAUUGUAUCUGAUCACUUCAAGUUCAACACUGCAGGAGGGAAAUUAUUUACAUGGGGGGAUGGGGAUAAAGGUCGGCUUGGGCAUGCGGAUCAAGAGAAGAAGCUUUUGCCAACAUGCGUUGCGCAACUCGUGGAUCAUCAUUUUAUUCAAGUUUCUUGUGGAAAUAUGGUUACUGUUGGACUCACCAAUUCGGGUACUGUUUAUACCAUGGGAUGUUCUGCACAUGGGCAAUUAGGGAACCCUCUGGCCAAAGAUAAAUCAAUCACAAUUGUUGAAGGGAAUCUUAAGGAGGAGUUUGUUCGGGAAAUCUCAUCAGGAUCAUAUCAUAUUGCUGCCUUGACAUCCAGGGGACUUGUUUACACAUGGGGGAAGGGUGCCCAUGGACGUUUAGGAUUAGGUGAUAUUGAAGAUAAACACUCACCAACUUUAGUGGAGACCUUGAGAGAUAGGCAGGUUGAAAGUGUUGCUUGUGGAUCAAGUUUUACAGCCGCAAUUUGUUUACAUAAAUCUAUAACAAUUGAGGACCAAUCGGCUUGUAGUAGAUGUAAAAUGGCAUUUGGUCUUACUAGAAAGAAGCAUAACUGUUACAAUUGCGGUCUUCAAUUCUGCGGUGCAUGUAGCAGUAAGAAAAUUUUGAGCGCGUCUCUGGCACCUAAUAAAAGCAAGCCUUUUCGAGUUUGUGAUCUUUGUUUCAAUCAUCUGCAGAGUAUUACACAUUCAAGUAGACAAUUAAAGCUGGAAAAUCACUCUCCAAGACAGCCACUGACCAAACAGAUGGCAUUAUCUAACGAGAAAGAAGACAGGAGAGAAGUGACUCCUAUGCAUGGUCAACUGUUCCCAGUUGGACAGUCUGGUAAUGAGGAAAGCCAAUGCAAUGAAAGGAACCCUUUUAAAUACAAAGGGGAAAGCCAGCAGUAUUUAGAACCCAUUUCCUCGUCAACAGAUGGUCUUCAAAGAUGGGGACAAGUUCCAUGCCCUGUGCUUUUUGAAAUCUACUGUGGAGAAAAUCCUGCUUCUCAGGCUCCCUUUUUCAAGAAUGAAUUAGCAUCAGUUCCCUCAGUGUCAUUUCUAAAAACCCCUCCAAGAUCAAAAUCGGCAAUUUCUAAUUCCAUGAAUGUGAAGGAAAGCUUGUCAGAGUCAGAUAAGAUCCUCGCUGAAGAAGUUCAGAGGCUGAGAGCAGAGGUUGGGAGUCUUGAACAGCAGUGUCGAGUGAGAAGUGAUAAGAUUGAAGAAUGUCAACAAAGAACUGAGGAAGCUUGGUCGCUAGCUAGAAAGGAAGCUGCUAAGUGUAAAGCAGCGAAGGAGGUUAUAAGAGCUUUGACAUUGAGGCUCCAUGUUAUGUCAGAGAAACGCCGUGCUGGAAGAGAAGCACUUGUUGAACCUGAUGUGAAACUGCCUCGAACCCCAACUUCCAACCCUGCUCAUUUGACCCAUGAAGUUGUACUACUGAAAGGCCGACAUGCAGACAGUCUAUGCAACUCUCCUCUUGUGUUCCCUGAUACACUGAAAUCUAUAUAUGGAAAAGACAUGUGCUAUGACAAAGCAACAUCGAUAGAGGAUUCAUGUGUGAUAGAUCCUAUGCAAGAUGGAACUAAAGUAAAGAAGGUUGAGUGGGUUGAACAGUAUGAACCUGGUGUAUAUAUCACAUUUUUAACUUUGGCGGGUGGGCAGAAAGGGUUGAAACGAGUUAGAUUCAGCCGGAAAAAAUUCACUGAAAAGGAAGCAGAGCAAUGGUGGGAAGAGAAUCAAAGGAAUGUUUAUCAGAAGUAUGACAUAGAGGGAUACACAAGCUCAAGUUAAAAUAAGACAACAGCAAAUUUUUCUCAUCCCCAGUGAGAAAUUUCAUUUUUCAUCGAUCGCACGAUGAAUAGGUUUGGACAUGAUGGUUUUGUCUAGGAUACGCUCGAGGGGGCAACCGAAGAUGGAAAUCAGAGUGCCCUUUUGCCUGCUAUUCUCAUCUAGGUUUCAUCUACCUUGAGAAGCCUCUGGUAAUCAGCUCAAGAUGCUGCAAGGAAAUCUUUGCAGUUUGGUUUUUUAUUUUUAUUAUUAUUAUUUUAUAAUUGUUGUAUCUAAUUCGUAUCAAACAUAUUCAUUUUGAUCAAUCUCCUGCCUGUAUCAUCUGGUGUACAGUCAUCAAUAAGAAGCAUCCUUCUAUCCCUUAA